UUAACGCGGCGCAAUCGACUUUUUUUGUCUUGGAAGCUUGUAGCAAAACAUCGUCGGUGAUCACAGAUAGAGAUUAUCAUUUUUUUUUUUUACAUUUUGUUUGUUUUAUUUUAGUUUUUGUUUAUUGUUUUUUAAUUCGAAAAAAAGGAAUAAUCAAAAACAGAGAAAAAAAGGCGUCUAUACGUCGUCGUCGCUUUAGUUUAUAUUAGUGAGUGCAUCCGUAAACGAGAAAAUAAUAUAAAAUUAUAUCAAGGCCUGUUUAAUUGUACCUAGUAUCUUUUCUAAAACUAGAGAUACAAGUAAGAGAGUGAAGUUUUUUUUUGGUUUUCUUAAUGUGUGGAAAUAGGAAUGAAAUUUAAAAAAGAUCCACUAAAAUACGACACGUACACGGUAUAGUACCUAUACGUUUAGUUUAGUACACCUUUCACUUAACCUGUUCCAAAAAGUGUUAGCAGCUACCUUUGUUGUGUGAAGUUUUUUUUUUUUUAAUUUCUUUCGUUGUAUCUUUUCUUUUUGCAAAUAUUUGAUUAUACUACCUACCAACCGAUCUAUCUUAUAACCUUAAACACGACUUCGAUAUCAACCUGCUUGUCUACCAUCAUCAUCUUCGAUCAAGUGAAAAUAGUUUUCGCAUUUAAUUUGAGGUUAUAAAGUGUGUGUAUUUGUAUCUUUUUUAAUCGAAAAUUAACAAAGAAGUGUGAGUUAAAACGAAGUAUAAAAAAAUAAAACAAAAAAGUAUCUCAUGGAUUAGUAAUCGGAUUUUCAUCAAAAACUUGAACCUCAAAACAUUUUCAAAAUUACCAUCGAUCACACCACUAUUAAACUAAUAUUGUUUUAUUAAUGUACAAAAAUUAAAAAGAUACACUACGCGCAUAAGAACAAAGCCCUCACCGUAUACAAAGAAGCCAAAACAAAAAACACCAUCAGUUCGUGCGAAAUUCAAAGGAAACGAUCACGUAUUUCUGCACACACCAAAGUGACAACGAUAUAGCGUCAACUACGACGAGAAACAGUGACGGCAACGACGACGAGAACGUACAGUGUACAGAAGAAGAAAAAACAACAACAAUUACAACGUGCAAAAAAUUCCGCUUUGUAAAUGACGGUGAAAAUUGCAAACCUCCUGACACCUCCGCCGACGUCGUCCAUUGCAACCGCAACCCUAACCACAAACGGCGACAACAACCACCACUACUAUCUCAAGCCAUACGACCACUUUAGCAAAACAACAACAUUUGAUACCUUCUUCACAAUGCCGUUCGCCAGCGCCACCUCCAUAAUGACAAAUCGGGACCAUCCCUUUAAUCAGUCCACCCAAUCGACAAGACCCCUCCUAGCCGACCGGAAGCCCCCACAAUUGCUUGGCAAAAAGAAAUUUAACAAUGGCCGUGUGAACAACAACGGCCAACAACAUCAAUACCAACAACAACAACAACAGCAUCGUGAGAGCGGUGUCAAAGUUCAGGGCAUCAAUGACUUUGACAUCAUAUCGCAGCAAUAUAAGUACCUCAACAGUCAUCAUCUAGGCUACCCGUACGGAAGUCCCCCCUCGCCAACAGCCAAUUCCAGUGACUUUGUGUUCUCUGAUACAACGACAAUGAUGAGUGGAAGUGGUGGGGGAAAUGGAGGUAUUCUGGCGCCUUCAUCGCGGCAGCCAUUGUAUGAAAAUGGCAGCAGCAGUUCACCUGCCAUCACAAGGACCUACGAUAGCAAUUACUACUGCAAUACAUCGCGCUUUGAAGACGACUUCUGUUGUCGACGGAAUGAUCAGUUCGAUAGCAUACAAUCUCCCUUUGUAGUUGGACAAAUAAACAACAACAACAACAAUAGCAGCAGCAGCAGUGACAUGAGACUGGACGACAACAGCCGCCGCAAUAGCAGCGAUGGUGUUGUUGUUGGUGGAAUUUCAUCUAGCAAUGGCGGACCAUUCAUAUUCGGUGUUCAUCAUAGAGCGCCACCUGGCGGUAGGGAUUUUCUCGAUAGCACAGCUGUGAUAUGCGACAGGGAUGCGACAUACUCAAUGGAAAAAGGACAGAAGUCGAUGUCCAACAGUGAUACUAGUUCGAGUUCGAGAGAUAGUGGCAAAGGAUCAAAGCUUUUAGUGAAAAAUCGAAAGUCCUCAAAGAAAAUUUCAAAAGAUAAAAAACUAUCAAUCAGCAACAAUAACAAAGAGAAUCGUCCUCAAAUUAAGUGCGUGGUUGUUGGUGAUGCGGAUAUUGGAAAAACGAAUCUGAUUGUUACGUAUCUGGAAAAUCGUUUUAUAUCGGAACACGUGCCCACGGCAUCAGAUAUCUAUAAUGCUGAAGUAAUGGUCAACGAUAGUCCAGUACAAUUAACCCUUUGUGAUACCGCUGGUCAGGAUACGCUAGAUCCAUUGCGUGAACUCUGUUAUCCAGAUAGUGAUGUGUUCCUGUUGUGUUUCUCUGUGGUGAAACCGGAGACAUUCCAAUCUAUCAAAACCAAAUGGGCACCGAAAUUUUCCAAAAAUCCUGCUUCCUUAAUAUUGGUUGGUACACAAUCGGAUUUAAGAAGUAAUAUACAUGUGUUGAAUAAGCUUCAGACCAAGGGUGAGAAACCUAUAUCAUUUGCAGACGCUUGGGACCUGGCCACAUCAAUUAAAGCGAAAUAUAUCGAAACAUCUUCUUAUACUCAGGAUAAAGUCAAAGAUGUAUUCGAUAGCGCUAUAUGGGAGGCCCUAGUACCUACGACCCUACCACCAACACCGCCAUUGUGGAAGAAAAUUUUCUGUUUAGUAUAACAGUUACUUUGUUUUUCUUUAUCAAAGUAAAAUGAUUUUAUUUUUAAGAGUUAAUUUUUUUGUUUAAUUUUUAUUUUUUUCUUAAAUAAUUUAGCAAAAUUCGAAAUUCUUCAAUUUUAUAAAUGAAGAUGUACUGAGAAAGUUAUAAGGUUUUUAUUAUUAUAUUUUUUUUUAUUUUGUUAAAAAAUUAUAAUUUUUAAAAAGUCCGUAUGCGUUAUAGACUGAUUUAGAUGUAAA